AUGUCCGAACGAGCAAUGGCCGACGCCACGCCCCAGGCGACAUUUCAGCUCGGCGAAAUCACCGCUGACAAACUAGCAGAGUACAACGGCUCUGACGCCUCCAAGCCCAUUCUCGUGUCGCUGAAGCACGUCAUCUACGACGUCACGUCAGCGAGUUCCUUCUACGGUCCCGAUGGGCCGUAUUCGAUCUUCGCAGGCAAGGACGCGAGCCGGUCGCUCGCGACCAUGACCAUGGAUGACGUCGGCGGGUCGCUGGAGGGGUUGACCGAGAAGCAGCUUAGGACGCUUGACGACUGGGUGGAGACGUUUGCACGGAAGCAGGUGCAGAGGGAAAGCGGGAGGGGUGGGGAGGGGGAGGAAAGGGGGCAGAUGGGCCAGGAAAGCGGGGAGGCGCAGGGGGGGUGCGAGAAGCAUCGAUCAGGAGUUUGUGCUUUAGACAAAAGAGCAGCGCAAGUGGCUCAGGGAAGCAAUUGA